ACACUACUAUAUAACAAAUAAUUUGAGUAUUCAUGACAAGUCCUAAAGACAAUGAAGCUACAACACUGCGUCCUAACCCGGAGGAAAAUGCUAAUUUUUUCAGCAGAUGUGUUUUCUGGUGGAUUCAGGAUAUCCUAAAAAAGGGUUACAAAGCUCCGCUACAAGAAUCCGACGUAUUUGCCUGCCACACUAAAUAUAAAUCAAAAACUAUCACCGACCGCACAAAGUACUACUGGGACAAAGAACUGAAGAAAAGUUCACCUUCAUUAACCAGAGCGUUGUUCAAGUCCAAUGCCAAGGAACUCUGCAUUAUUCUCGCGCAAUGUUUUCUGGAAGGUUUCUUCUUCCUGGCCCCACCUGUACUCAUCGGCAGGAUUUCCUCCUAUUUCGACCCAGCCUCUACCACAACUCAAAAGGAAGCCCUAAUGUACGGUGGAAUGAUGUUUAUAGCUAACAUUCUCUUUAUAGGUCUGCGCAAUUUCUUGUAUUGGAACCUCCAUACACUUGGACCUUCUCUGAGAAUCCAACUGUCCUCUCUGGUCUACAACAAGGCGUGCAGGAUUAGCUUCUCAGCCCUUAGUAAAACUAGUAUUGGUCACGUGAUAACACUAAUGUCUAACGACGCUGAGCGCUUCAACGAGGGUUUAGUACCUCUUCACGCAGUGCUGAACGUCCCACUGACGCUAACAACAUCCUUCGUUCUUUCCUACUACACAAUCGGGUUAUACGCCACACUCACAGCUUUUGGCGCCGUGUUCCUUUUUGUUCCUCUUCAGUUUUACAUCGGAAAAGGAAUUCAAGUUUGCAGAAGGAAAACAGUAGCUCACACAGACAAGAGGAUAAAGCUGAUAGGGGAGACUAUAGCUUCAAUGAAGAUUAUAAAGAUGUACAAGUGGGAGUCUGUCUUCAAGAACUUCAUAUUUCGAGUAAGAGCACUGGAGACGAAGUACAUCAGUACCUUUAUGUUGCUGAAGAGCUCUAGUAUAGCUAUACAGAAGGCUUCACCGCUAGUUGGACUACUGGCUCUACUACUUACUAAAUACCUUACUGGAGAGACUGUCAGCAGUGAGAUGGUCUUCUUCUUCUUGGUUAUGGGAGAGUUGCUCAGGAAGAAUAUUAACUGGGGUCUUGGUGCUACCUUUCUGUAUGUGCCCCAGUAUAUUCACAGUAUUGGAAGAAUUCAGAAAUUUCUACUUCUCGAGGAACAAGAAACAGAUGACUCUGCAUUAUGUAUUGAAAAUGGGUCAGCUGGUUUGAGGGACAAUUCUGUGGUAGAAAAUGGUCAUGAAGGAAAUGGUCACGUGACUACCGGUAAAACCCCGCAAAAGGAAGAUCCUGAAGUUGCACUGAGAAUAAACCACCUGACCAGCACGUGGGGAGGAGAUAACAGUUUUAUCCUGUCUGACAUUAACCUGGAGGUUAAGAAGGGUGGUCUUGUUGGUAUCUUGGGGGCUGUGGGCUGCGGUAAAUCCUCUAUUAUCAUGUCCAUUAUAAAGGAGAUGGAUAGCGUUAAAGGUUCCAUCUAUUGUCCAUCUGCUAUUGGCUUUUACAGCCAAGUUCCGUGGAUCUUCAACGGUAGUGUUAAAGAUAACAUUUUAUUUAACCGACCAAUGAAUGAAAAGAAGCUGAACAGUAUAAUUGAGUCCUGCUAUCUCACACAGGAUUUAGAAGACCUUCCAAACGGUCUGAACACGAUAGUCGGAGAACGAGGUGUGCAGUUAUCAGGAGGACAGAGAGCCAGGGUGAGUUUAGCAAGAGUGGUGUACGGAGAGGAGAAUGUUGUUUUAUUGGACGACCCUCUCAGCGCAGUGGACACCAAGUGUGCUAGCCAUAUCUUCAACAGGUUGAUAAAGGGACAACUGCAGGACAAGACAGUAAUACUGGUAACUCACAACACAGAGUAUCUGUCUCAACUAGAUCAUAUCUACCUUAUGAACAGGGCAGUAAAGGAAGGAAGCAGUAUAGUGGGUAGGAUAGCAGAGCAUGGUACAUGGGAGGAACUGCACGACAAGGAUUUAAUAAAGGAACAAACUAAACUGAGAGAAGAUGAAGACCAAAAAGAAAAAGAUACUGGGGAUACAAAGAAAGAGAAGAAAACAAAGCCGAAACAAGAAAAGGAGGAGCGUAAGACGGGGCUAAUAGAUAAGAGGAUGUAUUUAAAGUACUGGAACCUCUCUUUUGGGUUUAUCACAUUUCCCAUGAUCCUGAUAAUGGUAGCUGGAGCUCAGACAGUGAAGAUACUCCAGGAGGAAGAGGCUUUGACCUGGGUAGAGAUGGUGGAGAUGGGAGAGAGUGGAUCUGAUAACACUUUUAAAACUUACGUUGUGCUGGCCGUUGAGACAGUACUCUUCUACUGUCUUCUGGUCUUCUUUAUUGCUUAUGCCGGCACCCAGGCCUCCAAGGCUCUACACAACAUGGCAUUUUCUGGAAUAUUGAAAUCUCCCAUCCGUUUCUUUGACAUCACUCCGAUAGGAAUUCUGAUUAACCGGUUCUCAAAGGACACGCUAUUUUGUGAUGAGAGACUCUCGUUCGUAUCCAGUCAGUUUGCUACCAUGUUCACUGCAUUUGUAGGUGAGGUGUUAUUUUCACAGUUUAUAUAA